AUGCAGGCGCCCAGGAGCACUCGCAGGGCCAGCGAGGAGGACGCCGGGCUCCUGUCCGCUCGCUCUGCCGGGUCGGAGCUCUGGCUGGACCCUCGCCGGGUCAGCCGCAGGGCUUCCGAGGAGGACUUCGCCAGGUGUGCCUGCGGGGCCGUCCUGCUCUUCGGCGCCACGGUGUGCUGGAAGUGCCACGGGCGCUCCAGGGCGGAGCAGGCCAUCGAUGACGAGUUCGGGAUCUUCUACGCGGGGGAGAGGCAGAGCGCCCCGGACACCGGCUCCGUGGAGCGCAUCUCCCUGUACGACCUGCCAGCGCGUUCCGCCUCGGAGCCCGUCCUGUGCCGGCCCGGGUGCGAGGCGCCCAGCGUGCUCGAGCCAGAGCCUUUCGGCACCGCCGCGGGGUGGGAGGCGAUCCUGGAGGACAACGACCGCGCACAUCGCGAGCUCGAGCGCUGCAGGUUCGAGCUGCAGGACUGCCGCAUGGAGCUGGAGGAGAGCAGGGGUGUCACGGAGCGCCUGCGGGCGAGGGUGGCGGAGUUGGAGCUGCAGGUGAAGCUCGGCAGCGCCCAGCUGUCGGAGAAGCAGUCGACCCCGGGCUUCGGGGACGAGGACCACUUCGCGAUCGAGCUGGCGGACGUGGCCUCGCCCUCUGCCCGGAGGAUGGCCGCGCCCGCCUCGGAGGGCUGGCCUCUGGAGCCCGCCGGCGGCUUCGAGGAGCUGCGCGCGGCGGGGUCGAGGCUGCUGGCAGGGCCGCCCCUCCUUGGCGUGGGCGGCGCCUCCGAGACCGGGGAAGCGCGCACCCUGGCCGAAGCUCUGGGCGGGGAGGCGCAGCUGCGCGAGGAGCGGGCGCUGGGCGGCGCCGUCCGGGCCGAGGUCCGGCGCGGGUUCGCCGACGCGCUGGCCGCUGGCGCGCUGGAGCGCGCCCUGGCGCCGGAGAGCACCGAGGCGGCGCCGCAGGCCUCGCCCGACGCUCGCCCGCGCGAGGCCUCCGCGCGGCGGCCGUCCACCGAAGCGGAGGGCGGCAGUGUGCCGGAGCGUCCCCAGGCGGCGCUGCCCAGCGGCAGCGGUCCGCCCGGGGGCUCCGCGGCCUCGGCGGAGGGGCGGCUCGCAGAGGGCCAGGCCAGGGAGCUCCUCGGGCAGGACGCCCUGGACGAGGGCCUCCAGCAGCGGCUGGCGCAGGUCGCAGCCAGCGAGGAGACGGCCUACAGGGCCGCCCUGGGCGAGUGCGAGCGGCGAAGAGCGGCGCUGGCCGCCGCCGUGUCCGCCGAGCUGGCGCGCGCGGGCCGCCUCGGCCCCGCGCGCCAGCCGCGGCCUGGAGCGGCGCCGCGCCCGGGCGCGGGCGCUGCGAGGGCCGCCGCCGCAGGCGGCAGCACGGCCCAGCCCGGCCCCCGCGAGCUGCUGGAGCGGAAGGGCUCAAAGAUGGAGCGCCGCUGCCGGCGGCUGCAGCAGGAGCUGGCCGAGCAGAGUGCGCUCGCGCCAGGCCCGCCGGGCGGCGCGGCGGGCGACGCGCCCCUGGUCUGCGAGCUGCGCCGCGAGUGCGAGCGCCUGCGCGAGGACGCAGAGGAGGAAGACCCAUGA